AUGGCCGAGGUGGGCGGCUUUCUGGGCGCGCUGGACCCCGACCUGCACGGCUUCCCCCCCGCGCUGGGCGCCGGGCUGCCCCUCGCCGACUCCCCCGGCUUCCUCAACGAGCGCCUGGGGCAGAUCGAGGGGCGGCUGCAGCGGGGUUCCCCCACCGACUUCGCUCACCUCAAGGGCAUCCUGCGGCGGCGGCAGCUCUACUGCCGCACCGGCUUCCACCUGGAGAUCUUCCCCAACGGCACGGUGCAGGGCACCCGGCAGGACCACAGCCGCUUCGGGAUUUUGGAGUUCAUUAGCCUGGCAGUGGGGCUGGUGAGCAUCCGUGGGGUGGACUCCGGACUCUACCUCGGCAUGAACGAGCGAGGGGAGCUCUAUGGGUCGAAGAAGCUCACCCGGGAGUGCGUUUUCCGCGAGCAGUUCGAGGAGAACUGGUACAACACGUACGCGUCGACGCUCUACAAACACCCCGACUCGGAGCGCCAGUUCUACGUGGCCCUCAACAAGGACGGCUCCCCCCGCGAGGGCUACAGGACUAAGAGACACCAGAAAUUCACCCAUUUCUUGCCCCGGCCUGUGGACCCUGCCAAAAUCCCUGCCAUGUACAGAGACCUCUUCCACUACAGGUGAUGGUUCCUGCGCUCAGUGUACAUACCUGGGCUCCCGAGCUUUUUCCCAGAGCACUAUAUUAAUAGUCAUUCCAUCAUUCCUGUAAGCAUAGAUGACCUAGGGAAGCACUUACAUUGAAUUCAGACACUGCUCUUCCUCCUGGUUUGCAGCCUAUAUCAGACCUGGGUUAUUUAUGGGGCGGGGGCAGGGGAAGGGAGGGAACCCUACAUUUAAUCUUUCAUUCUCAUUCACCUUCUUUACCCGGUUGCUACAUGAGAGUCUGAAUAUUCAGUGUUAUGGUUGUUUAAAGGAACAAGCAGGUGAGCAAACCUGAUCACCAGAGGGGG